AUGAUAUAUCUUUCUCAAGUCUCACUCUUGUUCAUAAAUAUAUGUAUUUUUAUUUGUGGAAAAACUAUACAAGCUAACUGUGUACAUCAAUCUACGGAUUCUACAGCAGUUAAUAUUGUAGAAGAUGGAUCUCACACAAAAGAUGAAAGUAAAAGUAAUGAUACUGUUUAUAAGGAAGAUUGCGAGGAAUCGUGUGAUAUCAAAACUAAAGUUACACGAGAAGAAAAACAUUUCAUGUGUAGAAAUUUGCAAAAUUCUAUCAUUUCUUAUACACGAAGUACCAAAAAACUACUAAGAAAUAUAAUGGAUGAGCAGCAAGCUUCCUUGGAUUACUUAUCUAAUCAGGUUAAUGAGCUCAUGAAUCGAGUCCUCCUUUUGACUGCUGAAGUUUUUAGAAAACAGCUGGAUCCUUUUCCUCACAGACCAGUUCAGUCACAUGGUUUAGAUUGUACUGAUAUUAAAGAUACUGUUGGCUCUAUUACCAAAACACCAAGUGGUUUGUAUAUAAUCUAUCCGGAAGGAUCUAGCUACCCAUUUGAGGUAAUGUGUGACAUGGAUUACAGAGGAGGUGGAUGGACUGUGAUACAGAAAAGGAUUGAUGGGAUAAUUGAUUUUCAAAGGUUGUGGUGUGAUUAUCUGGAUGGAUUUGGUGACAUUUUAGGUGACUUUUGGCUAGGACUAAAAAAGAUUUUUUAUAUAGUAAAUCAGAAAAAUACCAGUUUUAUGCUGUAUGUGGCAUUAGAAUCUGAAGAUGACACAUUGGCUUAUGCAUCAUAUGAUAAUUUUUGGCUAGAGGAUGAAACAAGAUUUUUUAAGAUUCACUUAGGACAGUAUUCAGGAAAUGCUGGUGAUGCAUUCCGGGGCUACAGAAAAGAAGAUAAUCAAAAUGCAAUGCCUUUCAGCACAGCAGAUGUUGAUAAUGACGGAUGUCAUCCCUCAUGUGUGGAUAACGGUCAGGCUGUGAAGAGCUGCAGUCACCUCAAUAACAACACUGGCUGGUGGUUCAGCCAAUGUGGUCUAGCAAAUCUAAAUGGCAUCCAUCACUUCCCUGGAAAAUUGCUUGCAGCUGGAAUUCAGUGGGGCACAUGGACCAAAAACAGUUUACCUGUCAAGAUUAAAUCUGUUUCAAUGAAAAUUAGAAGAAUUUAUAAUCCAUAUAUUAAGUAA